UCUAGUCAUCAGAUCACACCUAUAACAACAAAAUUCCCCAUCAUCAAACUUCACACAAAAUCUUGCUUGUCACACAAUAUUAGAUGAAUGGGCCAUCAACUAUAUCAUUAACAUCUCCACUUCCCCAGACGCCUUACAGGUUGUCCUAGGAUCCGAAGUGGUGCCAAGCGCUUCCAACGGUCUUCGGCAAGAUAUGCAAAGAAAGGGAUGUCAGCCCUGUUGACUACAAUCAAACGUUCCCAAGUACAUGAGAACGUAAGUAUCUUUGUAUCUAUACCCCAGCCUCACACGGUGAUCUUAUGAACCAAUCCACACGCGAGCCUGCAGCUCCCUCCGACACCUCUCUCGCGCAACAACCACCUAAAAACUUCUCGAACCUUCCCGACCUCGAAGAUUUCUCUGCAUUCUUUACCUUUCCCGCGCACUCACCCCCGACCAUCCAUCCAAUGUCUAAGCGUGUAGAUAGACAAGAAAUCGAUCCUAACGCGAGCUUUCAACUCUCACAUAAUCACCCAUCGACUACCGACACGUCUACCCUCAAAUCCGAGAUUCCUUCGCCAGCUAGCUCGCGAAAUAAGAGACGCGCCACGGGCCCUGCGACGGCAACGAAUACUUCGGUUUUCAAUAUGCAGGCGGGUUCAUCUAUUGCAGGACCUUCUUCGGCGGGUUUAGAUGACCCCAAUAUGGCCUCGUCGACGGCACCACCUGCUAAAAAGAGUCGUACCAAUACUCCUUGGACACCUGCUGAAGAGCAGAGAUUGAAGAAUAUGAGGGAUGCAGGUAAUAGCUGGGCGGAUAUUGCAAAGACUUUCCCAGCAAGAACUGAAGGAAGUGUAAAGAAGCACUGGUACAAGGACAUGCAUUAUGCGGAAUUCGCGGAAGAUGAGAGUCAGGCUUUGCUCGCGGCCAUCAAGGAUUACGAGGCGAAUAAGUGGAAGGCUAUUGGACAGAAAGUUGGAAAACCCGCCAAGGCUUGCGAACAGUACGCCAAAGAUAAUUUUGGCGGGAAAAUAUAAGGGGGGCGCUGGAUGGAAUCGGGUGGGAUACUCUUGGCGUGCUAUUUUUUUCUCUCUUCUUUUUUUUUCGUUUCUUCUUCAAAAUAUUUCAUUUCGGUACAUGGCUUCGGAAGGAAGUACAGGAUGUUGGCUUGGGUAUUGGAUUGGCUCGGCUCGGCUCCUGGUUUGAUCAUUCGGGUUGAGGAGAAAGUUAUCUUAGCUUAUUUUAUAUGUGCAAGCUUGCAUGGAUGUUUGUUUGUCCAUUGAAUUUAUGUUGAUUUUUCGUGCGCUUCUGUCUUUUUGGUUGCAACUUCUAUGCUUGGAUUGGAUUGGGUUGGGUUGGUGGGUUUAUUGCAUGAUUGGUGGAUGGAUGGACGGAUGGUGGGUGGAUGGUAGGAUGGACGGAUCAUGGUUGGAAAGAAAGGCGCGUUUCUAUAUCACUAUUAAGGCGUUUGAAUAAGAGCUCAUCUCAUCUCGUCUCAUUUCCUCUCCUCUCUCCUCUUCUUUCCCUUCCCUCUUUCCUCUUUCUCAAAAAUUUGGAAAAUGAUCAUGGAUGACAACAUCAACAGAAUACCACGUAGCAUACAUGUGUCCAUGGCGUAUCUUUUGAUCUGACCGGCUUGAUAUCUUUCGCUUCUCGUCUCUUUACUUGGAUUCUGGACUUUGGAUUCUGGAUUCUGGAAAUGAAUAUUUUCUUGGGAGUCUGUGGUUGGAGGUUCUUGGGCUGGACUCUGGAUUGUGUUUUUUAAUAUAUAUCUUUAGUUUCUCUUUUUUGAUCUGUUUUUUGAUCUGUAUUUCGUUUUAUCUCCUAACUUAUUUAUAUCUUUCUUUCUUCCCUUCUUUUCUUUUCCUCACCUACCUACCCACCCACCUACCCACUUCCUUAUCAUCCACUCCACAACAUUCAUUCAUCCCACACAACCAAGUUUGAACUUUAGAAUCCUCGAGUAAGCGGGUUUGUG